AAAUUUAGUCAAAAAUUUAAGUUUCAUAUUAUCACUACAAAUUAUUAUAUAAAAAAUGUGUCCAUAUAAUACUAUUAUUUAAUAUUUGUGGGGUUUUCCUUAGCUACCAUGCCUGCCACUUCAUUAUUGUUUUUCCUUUUUUUAUAUAGGUUACAUUGUACAUAUAACUGCAUCUCUUCACUCACACUUCUAUACAUUAUUACUCAUCUUCCUCUCUGUAUUCUUCUCUGCGCUACUCGCACAAGAAGAAAGAAGAGAUAUAUAUAUAUAUAUUAUCAGCAUUGCAACCAUGAUAUAUAACCGCAUCUGCGUACGUAAUAUGGUUCAAUCGUUUGGAGUUGGUUCUUCUUCUACUACUAAUUUAUUCAAGUUUGGAUCUCAUAAUUAUAAGUUGAUAUCUAAGUCCGCAUCUCCGUUACAGCCAGAGUUUGAACAAUUUAGAUGCAGUAGCGAUGAUGAUUGGAGUGAGAUGGAGUCAGAUAAGCUCGGAUUUGGUCUAAUGCCGACUGAUUACAUGUAUUCGAUGAAAUGCUCCAAUGAUGGAAAUUUUGAAAAGGGAUGCCUAACUUCAUACGCCAACAUUCAAUUGAGUCCAUCUGCGGCAGUUUUGAAUUACGGACAGGGAAUAUUUGAAGGAACAAAAGCAUAUAGGAAAGAAGAUGGAGGUUUACUUCUGUUCCGUCCAGACCAAAACGGAGUUCGAAUGAAGAUUGGCGCCGAAAGGAUGUGCAUGCCCUCCCCCUCUGUGUGUCAGUUUGUCCACGCAGUCAAGCAAACUGUACUCGCUAAUAAGCGCUGGGUGCCGCCUUGUGAAAAAGGGUCUCUUUAUGUUAGGCCUCUACUCAUUGGAACUGGUCCUGUCUUGGGUUUGGCUCCUGCUCCUGAAUACACUUUUCUUGUAUAUGCCUCUCCAGUUGGCAAUUAUUUCAAGGAAGGUUUGGGACCAUUGAGUUUAUACGUUGAGGAUGAAUUUGAUCGAGCUUCUCGUGGCGGGACUGGAUUUGUCAAAACCAUUUCUAAUUAUUCACCGGUUCUAAAAGCAUUAGACAGAGCAAAGAAGAAUGGAUUUUCAGAUGUGUUGUAUCUGGAUUCGAUUAAUAAGAGACAUAUAGAGGAGGCGUCUUCUUCUAAUAUUUUCAUCGUCAAGGGAGAUCUUAUUUCAACCCCAGCCAUAAAGGGGACCAUACUUUCAGGAGUUACUAGAAGAAGCAUAAUUGAGAUUGCUCUUGACCAUGGUUACAAGGUUAAAGAGUGUGACAUUACAGUGGAUGAAUUGAUGGAAGCAGAUGAGGUAUUUUGUACGGGAACAGCAGUAGGUGUUGCUUUUGUUGGUUCUAUUACAUAUCACAACAAAAGAGUCGGAUUCAAAACCGGUUCUCAAACGGUAUCUCAUAAACUCUACACAAGUCUUGUUGGGAUUCAAAGGGGUGUCAUUGAGGACAAGAAGGGAUGGAUUGUUGAGAUUGCUUAACUUUACAAUAUAUUUAUCCAAAAAUUCUUUGGUAAUGGCAUGUAUUUUGGUCACAUUGAUAAGAACGUCUGAGACCUAAAAAUUAUAAUCCAAUUUUCUUUUAUAGGACAGUAUACAACAUCUCUAACAAUUUUUCAUGACAUUCUCAAUAAUAUAAAGUAGUGCAAAUAAAUUUCAAAA